ACCGGUGCGUCCUUUGCAUCAGUACGUAUUUUUGAAUAAUAUUCAACGAUUUCGUAUAUUUUUUAGAUUUUUUAGAAGAUAUUGCAAACAUUCUAAACAAAAAUUGCAUUGGGCAGAAAUGGCCGUGGCUAAAGAAUCCGAAUCCAGCAAGUACAAACAACAGUUUUUGCAGAAGUAUAAUGAAUUGGUGGAAAGUGUAAAUUCCACGCAUUUUGAAGAGUAUCGUAAGAUCGCCCCAAAGCAUCGUUCCUUCGAAGUUUUCAAAGCAGGAUUGCUGGAGAAUAUAUUGUUCUAUUUCAAUAGCAUCUGGGAUUCUACCGGCACCGAAGAGCAUUUGUCCAUCUUGGAUUUAUUGAAGGCUGAUCCAAGGAACAAUUCGGAGAGGAAGUGGCGUCCGACCGGAAAGAGUGCGGAGGAACAAGUGCGACCUCUUGUUAUCAAUAAAUUGAAAUGGCAGAUAAAAAUGUAUGAAAAGCAGAUUCAAUUCCAUAAGCAACAACUAGAGCGAGCGGUAUCACAAGUAGAGGCAGGCCGAAAAAAAUGGUCCGAAUUUGUAGAAAGGAAAGAAUCAUUGAAAGUUGCUCUCACAGGUGAGCUUCAAGAUUUUAAAAACAUAGAAUGCCAAAUAACAGCUCUAGAUGAGACCCUAAUAGAUGAUUUGCAACGGUGAGUCAAUCGA